AUGAGUGGUGAUACUAUUGGCAUUAUGGAUGCUGCCUUUUUUGUCAGCAAGAAUGAAAUAUUAAGCUGGUUGAAUGAUCUGCUUAAAUUGAACAUUCAGAAGGUUGAAUAAUGUGCUACUGGAGCAGUAUAUUGCCAAAUCAUAGAUGCUAUUUAUCCAGGGACUGUCGUAAUGUCAAAGAUUAACUGGCAGGCUAAGCAUGACUAUGAAUACGCAUAUAACUACAAGAUACUUCAAACUGCCUUCUAAAAGAACGGAAUAGCUAGAUACGUAGAUCCAACUAAACUGAUGAAAGCCAAGUAUCAAGAUAAUCUUGAGAUGCUUCAGUGGAUAAAAAGAUACUAUGACAUCAAUGCUAAGGGAGAAGAUUAUGAUGCAGUGGGAAGAAGAAAGGGUGCAGAUUUAUAUUUGAUUGGUGAACCAGGUGGUAAAGCACAAGGAGCACCAAAGCAGCAAAUUUAACAAUAGUCAGCAAUCAAAAGACCCACUACAGCUUCCACUAAUGCUGGCAAGAUUGCAUAGCAUGUUGUAGCAAAGUAGCAAUCUGUAUCUAACAAUGAUGAGCAGUUUUUGGCUUAAAUCGAGGAGCAAUAGAGACAUAUUGAAGAUUAAAAUGCUAAGAUCAAUGAAUUGGAGGACAAAGUUAGAAUGCUUGAGUUAAGAAGCUAAGAGCUUGACAGUGAAAAAGAUAUGUAUUUCCAAAAACUGAGCAUGCUUGAUGAAUUCCUUAAUGGUGCAAUUAACUCAGAAGACUGCAAGGAAAAUCCUUAACUUAACGAAUAUUUGAGCUAGAUUCAUAAUAUCUUGUUCAAGGACGAAAAUCUCAAGGACGGGGAUUCUGGGAUUGACCAUCUUAUGGAAGAUAACUGA